AUGGGCAAGCCAGGCAAAAAAGCCGGGAAGGGGCUCCUCACCCCCACCAACCCCAACCGGCGCACCGACCCAAACAAGACCAGUCUUCGAGAUCAACGCACUAUUAAGCGGCUGAAAAUGUACAAGUCAAAAAUCAAACGUGACGAAAAGGGCAACAUUAUCAAGGGAAGUGUGCUCACAGCAUCUGAUCGCAUUGAGAAGCAGAUGGCACGUAUUGCACCUGACCGCCGCUGGUUUGGCAACACCCGGACCAUCGGCCAGGAGGCACUUCAGAAAUUCCGCGAAGAAAUGGGAGCCAAGUACAGGGACCCGUACAGCGUCAUCAUCAAGCAAUCCAAGUUGCCGCUGAGCCUUCUAGAAGAGCCGAAGAACACCGACGGAAGUAUCCGCAAAGAAAUGGUCUGGGACAAAACGUUUGGUGACAAGGCAAACCGCAAGCGUGUGCGACUCAAUGCUGUGGAUAUGUCAGCCUUGGCCACAGAGGCUAACGUCAAGGGGGACAACUACGACUGCAACAAAAAAGAGAAGGACCGCGAUUUGAUGAAGGGAGUGCACAAGGAUCGCAACGAUAAAACCAGGAACGGCAUUUUGAUGACCAAAGGUCAAUCGAACCGAAUUUGGUGCGAGCUGUAUAAAGUGAUUGACAGUUCGGACGUAGUGUUGUACGUCGUCGACGCGCGCGAUCCAAUGGGUACGCGAAGCGCUUUUCUGGAGGAUUUCAUGCGUCGCGAAAAAAAAUAUAAACACUUUGUUCUGGUGUUAAACAAGUGCGAUUUAGUCCCUCUGUGGGCAACAGCUCGUUGGCUCCAGAUUCUCAGCAAGGAUUAUCCCACCAUCGCCUUCCAUGCCAGUGUAAAUCAUCCUUUCGGCAAAGGUAACGUCAUUUCUUUACUCCGGCAAUUCGCGCGUCUGCACAACGUGACACACCGCGGCAACAAGCGCACCAAGACACCGAUUUCGGUAGGUGUGAUCGGUUACCCGAAUGUAGGAAAGAGCUCGCUGAUUAAUACACUACGUCGUACAUCCGUCUGCAAAGUGGCGCCCAUUCCUGGUGAGACAAAGGUGUGGCAGUAUGUUGCGCUGACACGGAGUAUCUUUCUCAUUGACUGCCCCGGUGUGGUGUACGACCGCGAGUCAAACAACGAUGUCCAGGCGGUGCUCAAGGGUGUUGUGCGUGUGGAGCGUCUCGGAAAUGCGGACAAGACGGAUGUGGUGGACACCGUGUUGAAGAUUGUCAAGCAUCGCGAUAUUGUGACCACAUAUAGCGUCAAAGAAUGGCGUGAUGUUGUUGAUUUUCUCGAAAAGCUCGCAAAGCUACGCGGAAAGCUGGUCGCUGGAGGGGAGCCGGACGUGGAAGCUGCUGCGCGCAUGGUCUUGUACGAUUGGCAGCGCGGGCGUCUGCCGUGGUUUAACGCGCCGCCGUUCGAGUCCAAUAAACACUACCGUGAUGCAACUGAGCAGCCUCAGGCAAAACAAAUGAAGCUGAUUGAGCAUUACAGCUCUUUUAACGUGGUUGAUGACACCAUGAAUAAUGGCGAUGAAGAGCAGGAAGGCGACGAGGCUAGCGUAGUUGACAGCAGUGAGGAGACUGUGAAUAACACGACUGACGAUGCCCCAGUUGACAGAGAUAGUCGAGUGGAGAACGAGGAGAAAGCGAUCAAGCCUUCGAAGGCGAAUAAGACAGAGAAGCUCUCUACGAAGAAGGGACGCACACAGCGGUCAGUGGGGAUCGGUCAUGAGGAGAUGGCAACAGUGGCCACGUAUUUGCGUGAGCAGGAGGAGAAGCAACGGAAAGUCAAGCAGCAGGAGAAGCGGAGAGCCGCGCGCGAGGAGCAGGAGGGCGUGGAGGCUUUUGUAGCUGACGCCGAGCACGAGAGCGACGACGCGCUUUGGGCGCAAUUCUUAGCCGCUGCCAAGGAGUAA